UUAUUCCAUUAUAUUACUAAUCAAAGGAGGAAAUCUGUCCAGUACCAACACAUAUCAAGAGCUGGUCAGAAAAACCUAUGGUCGUGCAGGUUAUAUAAUUCUUUCAACUCUUCAGUUUUUAUAUCCAUUUAUUGCUAUGAUCAGUUACAACAUAAUAACAGGAGACACUUUAACCAAAGUUUUUCAGAGAAUUCCUGGAGUUGGGCUGGAUAACGUGCUUACUGACCGUCACUUCAUAAUUCUUCUUACCACCAUCAUCUUUACCUUACCCAUAUCUUUAUAUCAAGACAUAGCAAAAUUGGGAAAGAUAUCUCUUAUCUCUCUGAUUUUAACCGUUGUCAUCCUGAUAAUUGUGAUGGUGAGAACUGUAACCUUCAGUCCACAAGUACCCAAAUCAGAAAAUGCAUGGACAUUUGCAAAAUCAAAUGCAGUACAAGCCAUUGGGGUGAUGUCAUUUGCAUUCAUCUGCAACCAUAACAGCUUCUUAAUAUAUGGGUCUCUGGAAGAACCCACAUUAAAGAACUGGUCUCAAGUCACACAUGUGUCUGUCUCACUGGCUGUUGUAAUCAGUGUUGUGUUUGCUACAUGUGGAUAUAUGACUUUUACAGGAUACACAGAAGGAGACAUAUUUGAAAACUACUGUAGAGAUGACAACCUUGCUACAUUUGGAAGGUUUUGUUAUGGAGUUACUGUAAUUCUGACCUUCCCCCUUGAAUGCUUUGUGACCAGAGAGGUGAUUGCCAAUGUGUUUUUCCAUGGGAACCUCUCAACAGUUUUCCAUGUUGUUGUGACAGUAGUUAUCAUUGCUGUGGCGACUGGUGUAUCAUUAGUGUAUGAUUGCCUUGGAAUAGUUUUAGAGCUGAAUGGAGUUCUGAGUGCUACCCCACUUGUUUUUAUCAUCCCAUCAGCAUGUUAUCUAAGGCUGUCCAAGGAGCGAUGGAACCAUUCUGAUAACCUCAUAUCCAGCCUGAUUCUUGCUCUUGGUGUGCUAGUGAUGGCAGUUGGGUUUGUUAUGACUGUCUUGCACCCCCAGGAGUGUAGCCAUGGAAAAGAAAUGUUCUACUGCUUCCCUAGUAAUGUUUCUGUUCCCAACAGUACACUGCCACCAUAGGUACCACACCAGUCUCCAGACUAGAUCUCAGGUACAUCUCGCAGUGAGCCAUACAUGCCAGUUUAAAGGAGGGUGGAACAAACAGCUUAGUGCAUAUUUUGAUAUGCACUAAGAAUUUUAAACUGUGUAACUGUAUUUAUGUACUUGAUUUUAUGCUGCCAUCCUUUUCCAGGUAAGACUUGAGUUUUAACUGUUAAAACACAAAUUCUCAGAGGUGCCUUUCAGUAGACAUUACUUGAAUAACUUGCAAGCCUAAAAAAAAGGUUACAUUUUUUAACUUGGUCUGCAAUGCUGUUUAAAAGCUAUAAAUUAAAUGUUUUGGAAUGUAAACAA